AUGGGUUUGUUUGGAAAGAGUCCUCCACCAAAAACGCCUCGAGAGCAGGUCAGAGAGUGGUCAUCCAAGAUUCGUAAAGAAAUGAGAGUAAUAGACAGACAAAUCAGAUCUAUCGACAUGGAAAAGCAAAAAGUGGUGAAGUCAUUGAAAGAUGCUGCUAAAAGAAAUCAAAGAGAUGUAUGCACAGUACUAGCUAAAGAAAUUAUCCAUUCUCGUAAGGCAGUAUCAAAGCUUUACGCAGCGAAAGCUCAAUUAAAUUCGGUAGAUAUGCAUAUGAAAAAUCAGCUAGCCACAGUUAGGAUAGCUGGUUCAAUUGAAAAAAGUACGGAGGUAAUGAAAUACAUGAAUGCUUUGGUAAGACUUCCUGAGAUUUCGGCAACCAUGAGAGAAAUGUCUCAAGAAAUGACCAAGGCUGGCAUUAUGGAAGAGAUGAUGGAUGAUGCCAUGACAAUGGAUGAUGAUGAAGAAGUAGAGGAAGCAGCCUCAGAUGAAGUUGACAAAAUUCUCUUUGAAAUAACAGACGGUCAAUUGGGUAAAGCUCAAACUGCUGUUGAACCUUUGCCUGAGGCGACAUCAGACGAUGCCAAUCAAGAAGUUGAUGCUGAACGAUUCGAAGAGGAACAAGCCGAAAUGCAACGCCGAUUAGAAGCAUUAAGAAGCACCUAA